AUUAAAUUUGUUAAUUUGCCAGCGACGGACGUCAAACGGGAAAUUUGCAGCCUUCUUGUUCAGCUCCGCUUCCGACAAUCAAAUACCACUUCUCCUUAUAUCCUUUUAAGAUUUCGGAACCGGCCUGCACUGUGUUCAGCUCCGCUGCUUACUGCCGCAAUCGGAUGCCGGAGCCGGAGAUGCAUACGUCGAGUUUUAGUUUAUAUCAGAAUCUCGAGUCUGUUUCUCUCAGGUGAUACAGCUCUCGUUCUUUUAGCAUCCCCGAUCUCGAAUUCUGAGAGAUAUGCUUCUUUGAUUCCUAGGGUUUGUUAGAAUAGUCGAAUCGGUCCAUAAAUUAGAGAAUUUGGGGUUAGGGUUUUUUCCUUUAAUGGCUUCUCUGUAGUUUGGCAAAGAAUUAGCGAAUUUGGGGGUUAGGGUUUUGUUUGAUUAGAGAGUUUGCGAGAUGAAAGGAAGGUCGUAUAGGUUCUCGAGCACGGAGAAUCACGAUGAUUGGGUUGAUGGAUCCUGGACUGUGGAUUGCGUCUGCGGUGUGAACUUCGACGAUGGAGAAGAGAUGGUGAAUUGUGAUGAUUGUGGGGUUUGGGUUCAUACUCGUUGCUCUCGUUAUGUUAAAGGAGAGGAGCUUUUCACUUGCGACAAGUGUAAGAGCAAGAACAACGUCAACGACAUCGAGGAGACCGAGGUUGCUCAGUUACUGGUUGAGUUGCCCAACAAGACCUUGAGGAUGGAGAAUUCUUGUAAUCGGAAUGUUCCUCUGAAGCGUCCUUUCAGGUUAUGGACGGAGAUACCGACGGAGGAGAAGGUUCAUGUACAAGGGAUCCCGGGCGGUGAACCGUCUCUCUUUGAAGGUUUCUCGUCGGUUUUCUCCCGUGAGCUGUGGAAGUGUACUGGUUAUGUGCCGAAGAAGUUUAACUUCAAGUAUAGAGAGUUCCCGUGCUGGGAUGAGCAAGAGAAAGAUGAGAUUGAGAAUGGGUAUCAAGAGGAAAACGGUGCGGGGGUUCUGUUUUCUAUGUCCAAGGACAAUGUGAUUGCUGCUCCUGUGAGUGCUUUGGUUGCUAUGAAGAGCCUUGAUUAUAAAGGAGCCAAUGACUUGAAGCUUGGUUGCGCAAAAGACGGUAACAGUUGGGACUCUGGCGAAUUGAAACGUUCUCAGAGUGCUUUGAAGAAGGAUAAGACUAAGAGGCUGCUUCGUCCUUUGAUUACGAAUAAACGGAGAAAAGAACUGUUCGGAGCUUCAAAAGAGAGGGCGAAGAAGAAGGUUGAAGUUGCUAACAAAGAAGGGGAUGAUAAGAAAGUUUUCGCCGGUAAAACAGCAGUUCGACCUACCAGUGAUUCUAAACCAUCUGAAUCUCGUAAGGACGUAGAAGCUGAAGGUUUUACUAGCGAUGUUGGGGUCACUAAGAGUGAGAAGUCCAAGAGAGCUGCUUUUGAAGGAUCUAGUGAUGGAGGCCUUGCUCAGAAAACUGGCGGUGGUGAAUCUGGUAAUACAGAAAUUGGUGUUGAAUGCUCCAGAGAACAGAAUCUUUCUGAUGUUCAUGCUAAUGGUGCUGGAAAACAGGAAGAGAAAGCUGGUCAUCAUUUCAGAAUUGUGCUUAAAGGCUCUGCAACGAAUGAUCCUUCUGUCGUCGGAGGAAAAGAUGUUCCACACAACGAGGCUAACAAGGCGGAGGAGAGGCAGGGCACAACAGCUGAUGCUUCAGAAGAUAAUGCAGAUGAUUCUGCUGAACGUUUUCAGAAGCCUUCCUCGGUUGGUAUAACACGAGAAGUUGAAGAGAGCGGAAAAAUCGGUUCAAGAAAAAACAAAUUCCAGAAAGAAAUGACCGAUACUGGAGCCGUUGGCCAGCAAACUCUGGACCCUGUUGAUUCUAAAGUUUCAGGGACCUCUACAUCUCAAAUCUCUGAAGCUUCUGAAUUUAGCAAGUUGACUCCAAGCAGUUCACUUCCUGAUGAUCACAAACCGCAGCCUGCUGAUGUUGUGUCAGAAGGAAUAAGUAGUGGCAGUAGAGACAGAGCUAUUGAAUUGAAACGAGAACAUGUGGUCUCGGAAGCAGAAAAAGAUGUUUUGGAAACGAAGCCUGGAUUCCAAGAGCCAUCAAAGCCUUGCAGACCUGUUCCGCACACGUUUUCAGUAUAUGGAAGGCCUAAGAUGGUAGUAUCCAUUGGAAAAUCAUCGUCUAGUUCAGCCACGGAAAAGUCUACUAGGUGCGAUGACAACCCUAAGCCCUCAACUUCUAGGAAUUCUAUCCGUGAGUCGAAGGAACAGCCAAGUGGUGGUGAUGCUAAUGCUAAUGAUGAGGACUGUGUUUCCAGUGAUGCUACUCGAGAGCGAGAUGAGGAUGAUGAGCCUUCAGAGAAAGCUCUGAAAGAACACCCUAAAUUCUCAAUUACCUCUACCAAACCAAACCGUACUUCCCAUUCUUCAGCUUCCAAGACAAGAGAGUCUUCCUCUUCGUCAAAGGCAUCUUCAGCAGCUCGGGUUAAUGGUGGUUCUUCCGAGGCUCCUGGUAAACAUUCGCUUUCAGGGACCAUCCAGAAAAAUGAAAAGCCUGGACAAUCACUACCGCAGUCAUUAACUAAGAACCAUGUGCAGUCUAUAACAUACCUUGCUCCAAACUUGAGCGACGAAGAGCUUGCGUUAAGACUGCACCAUCAACUCAACAGCUCUCCUCGAGUUCCUCGUGUCCCACGCAUGAGACAGCCUGGUAGCUUGCCCCUGUCUCCAACCGCUACAAGUUUCAAGCGCACUUCUAGUUCCGGUAGCAAGGAUCACACAACGUUUUCCAGAAGGAAGAACAAGGACGCAUCAAAAGAAGGUUUACGCAAUUCUCGUGAUGAUGAUAGAUGUAGUACGAGGAGUAGCAAAACGCGUCGCUCCCCUGAUUGGAGGACACAGCAAGAAAGUGGAAGCAGAGGUACCAAAGGGGAAGAAAAUGAAACCCCAAAGACCUCUUACCCUUCUCGGAAAGUACUUCUCCCACCAAACUCGAACACAAGCACAAGUAGCGGACCGAGCUCAUCCAGUGAGUUGAAUGAGCAUAAUAAGCCAUCUCCACACCGCUCACCAAGGAACAAAGGUACUCCAGUGCAUCGAACUUUGCCAGGCUUAAUCAAUGAAAUCAUGAGCAAAGGCAAACGGAUGACAUACGAGGAGCUCUGUAACGCAGUCUUGCCGCACUGGCCUCACUUGAGAAAACACAACGGAGAACGAUAUGCCUAUUCAAGCCAUUCACAGGCUGUUCUUGAUUGCCUAAGAAAUAGGCAUGAAUGGGCUCGUCUGGUUGAUCGUGGCCCCAAGACUAAUUCAGGGAAAAAGAAACGGAAGCUUGAUGCAGCAGAGGAAGAAUCAGAUGAGAACGAAAGCAGCAAGGGAGGAAGGAAGCAGCUGCGUCAUCAUCAAAAUCACUCUCAAGGAGAAGAAUUUCCCAAAGGCAAAAGAAAAGCAAGAAAACGGAGAAGGCUCGCUCUUCAAGGAAAAGGCAUCAAAGUGUUGAGAAAGAAGAGAAACCAAGAAGCAGAAGAGGAAGUGAGUGAAGAAGACGAGGAAGGUGCGUUCUCGGACACAAGUGAAGAGAGUGUCUUCUGCGAAGAAGAUGGAGAAGAAGAGGUUCCCACCACUACUGCUGCUGCUGCUAGAGAAGCCUCUGCUAGUAGCUCUGAGGAAGCUCAAGCCACUUCAUGACUCUUCUCUCUAUGUAAUAUAUAAAGUAUAUAUGUGUACUGUAUGCAUUAUGUAGUUUUGUGUAUUUACUAAAAAGACUAAAAAGCUUCUCUUGUGGUGAUCAGAGCUUUGUAGAAAACUCAGAAAAAUCACCUCUUUACUCAAUAGACAAUAAUAAUUGUGCUUCUUUAAGAGGGGUAUAUUGGGAAUUAUGGGAUGGUUCUUUUCUGAGCUGUUAAACUUCUCCUCUCGUGUUUUUUUAAAAAAAAAAACUUUAAAUUG